AGUUUCAGGCAGUGUUUGUUGUGUCUAAGGCCCCGUUCACACGAGGGCGCUUGCAGGUAAAAACUACAAAAUAUUUUAUCAGAAGUGCCUUUCGUUUAGACGGUGACGGCUUUUUUGGGGCUUAGAAACGCAAACAUCUGAAACCACCCUCCAGAGUGGAAAACUUGAAUACGCUCCGCCGUAUCGUCUCUGUCUACACUGGCAAGAUGCAAAACUCUGCUCAGAUCUGCUCACGUCGCGUAAGUGUUUACGUCACAUAUAUGCACCAGUACAGGGAAAUAAACAAACAUGUUGGAUUAUUUCCAUGGGACGGACCUUCAAGCUGCUCUGGCAGCUCUAAUAAACGUACAGGAGUCUUUCCACGAAAAGUGCAGGAUAUGUGCAGAUAAUAUUACUGAACAGAGAAGGAUCUGUAAUCUGUUUAGCUUUUUGAGGAGAGGAAAGAAGAUUCUGCGCAUGCGCUUAUACAUGGCGGUGUUGUGUGAUAGUGUAUCACAGCACCACAUAGCCGCCUGGCAUGCAUACCCAGUCGAAUUAUUAUAUCUCUUCGAGUGAAGAGAAAGGACCUUUUUUCCAAAUCUGGAGCAGAUCACUACUACUACUACUACUACAACACAGUACUGCAAUACUGCAAAUAUACUGUACAACCAUUCUUACAGGCCAGAAAACAGCAGUACUACUACUACACAGUACUAAUACUGAAAAUAUAAUAUAAUGUACAAGCCAGAAAACAGCAGUACUAAUACUACAUAGUACUACUGCAAAUAUACUGUACUGUACAACCACACCAUCAGGCUGGGUACUACUAGUACUACACAGUACUAAUACUGCUUACUGUACAAUCCUGCUAACAGAUAAUACUCAGUAUGACUACUACUAAACAGUGCUGAUACAGUAAAUAUACAACAAUGGCUACCCAAAGAUACGUUUGGGUCCAUGGUUUUUUCCGACUUCCGGUUCCCGACUUUGAACGCAUCGUUAUUCUGAAGCUACGAAAACAAACCGUUUAAAUUUUACUUUAUAAAUAAAUUAGUUGAUUUUACAUUUUAUAUUUAACGGUUAACAAUAAUAACGCUAACAUUUAUUUAGUACUAACUUGAACAUUGAACAGUCUGCGGUUGGCGCGCUUGUCGGGAACGCCGUGCUGUGACGUCAGUGACGGUGGGCGUCUCCACCAAGACGCACCGAAGGGGCGGGGCCGAGCAACAGCAGCAGCAACAUGGCGGCAGAUUACUGGGAGCCACAGAGAACCGAGAUUCUGUCAGACUGAACCGAGCCGCUGGAAACCCGGAACAGACCGGGUCAACGAGUCCCGGUGUGCCCUCCAGGCUGGCGGCCCAACCCACCUUGGCGUCACGCCCCCCUCUGCCUCCCCGCCCUCCCCUGAUGGAGAGGAUGAGGAAGAUCAAGCGGCAGCUGUCGCUCACUCUCGGGAGGGGCGGGGCUGGGGAAGGGGACAGAACAGUGAGUGACACCAUCAACCAGGAAGUGACAUCACACAGUGAUUCAGAGGUGUCUGUCCGCUCGUCAGGAGGUUUGAAGGCUCGGUCUUCGUCUUCGUCUCUUCAGUCUCUUCUUCAGUCGUACAGAAAACCACGAGCACUUGGACGAAGUCUGAGCUCGUACCUCAACCACACUAACAGGCUAGAAAUCGUCCAUGAGGACAUGAAGAUGAGCUCAGACGGAGAAAGUGACGCAGCGUCUUCAUCAGACGACGUCCAGAGUCCAGUGAGAGUCCGACUGAGGAACAAGAAGAUUUCUACUGAGGACAUAAACAAGCGCCUCUCGUUACCUGCUGACAUCCGUCUUCCUGACGAUUACCUGGAGAAGUUUAACGUGAUUGGUCCGUCUUUGUUUGAGCAGCCAAUCAGCAGGCGUCUCCGCAGAGUGUCUCUGUCAGAAAUUGGUUUUGGGAAACUGGAAACUUACAUCAAACUGGACAAACUGGGAGAGGGAACGUAUGCCACAGUGUACAAAGGUCGCAGUAAACUGACGGAGAACCUGGUGGCGCUGAAGGAAAUUCGACUGGAACAUGAAGAAGGAGCUCCGUGCACGGCCAUCAGAGAAGUGUCUCUGUUGAAGGAUCUGAAACACGCCAACAUCGUCACGCUUCAUGACAUCAUCCACACGCAGAAGUCACUCACACUGGUGUUUGAAUACCUGGACAAAGAUCUUAAACAGUACCUGGACGACUGUGGAAACAUGAUCCAUGUUCACAAUGUCAAACUGUUUCUGUUUCAGCUGCUUCGAGGUCUGUCAUACUGUCACCGCAGGAAAGUCCUGCACCGAGACCUGAAACCCCAGAACCUGCUCAUCAACGAACGAGGAGAACUGAAGCUGGCUGACUUUGGUUUGGCUCGAGCUAAGUCGAUCCCGACAAAGACGUACUCUAACGAGGUGGUGACGCUGUGGUAUCGACCGCCGGACAUUCUCCUGGGCAGCACUGACUAUUCUACUCACAUCGACAUGUGGGGCGUGGGCUGUAUCUUCUAUGAGAUGGCGACGGGUCGUCCUCUGUUUCCUGGUUCCACGGUGGAGGAGGAGCUUCACUUCAUCUUCAAACUGCUUGGAACACCGACAGAGCGUACGUGGCCGGGGAUCACUGCAAACGACGAGUUUGUGUCAUACAGUUACCCUCAGUACAGAGCAGAAACGCUGAGUCACCACACGCCCAGGCUCAGCAGUGAAGGAGUGGAAUUGUUGUCAAAGUUCUUAAAGUUUGAAGGAAAGAAGAGAGUCUCUGCGGACGAGUCACUUCAUCAUCGUUACUUCAGUAACCUUGGAAACAGAGUAAAGUCACUUCCUGACACCACUUCUAUCUUCAGUCUGCCAGAGAUUCACCUGGAGAAAGAAACUGUGAGAGUGACGGCGGCAACACCUGAGCCAGCAAAUAGCCAAAACAGGAGGCGGAGUCUUCUCUUCUGACAUCACUGUAGGGGGCGGGUCUUCUGCAGGACAACAGCAAACUGGAAAAAAUGGCUCUUUUAUUUUUGUGGAUUAAAAGUUAAACAUUUUAAAAGAAGAAGGAGCUGCGUCUGUCUGACCAAUCAGAAGAUCCGACACAUGAACGCUUGAUGGAGUGAAUUCUGUCUUCCAUUUUACUGCACAGACACCAGUGAUGUCAUCGAUGACAUCACAGUCGGCUGUGAGGCUAAUGCUGCACGUUUUUAAACAAAACCGGAAGAAACAGAUCAAUACCUGGAAAAAAAGGACACCUGUUUCAUCAACACACCAAUCAGUCAAUCAAUACGUCCGCCCAUACAGUCCAACAUUUAUAAAACUAAUGCUAACCUUACACUGAACACUACAUGACUGUUAAGAGACUUUCACCCAGGUCAAAGGUCACAUGUGAUGGGGAGAUUUUUUGUUUGUUUUGUUAGCGUUAGCUCACUAGUGUUCAUGUGAGCAAGAAGUUAAAGGAAAUUAGCCUGAAACACGCAACCUCAUCUUUGACUGACUUAAUGAGACGGCCAUGUUUGUUAAAAUGUGUUUUAUUUUGAAAGAAUGGAAGAUGGUCCUGCUUGUGUCCUGUUUGUGUGGGACAUGGAGUCUUCUGUUAGCAUGUGUACAGUAGUACACUACUGUAUACAUGCUAACAGUAAUGUACUACUGUAUACAAGUUAACAGUAGUGUACAACUGUAUACAUGCUAACAGUAAUGUACUACUGUAUACAAGCUAACAGUAGUGUACAACUGUAUACAUGCUAACAGUAAUGUACUACUGUAUACAAGCUAACAGUAGUGUACAACUGUAUACAUGCUAACAGUAGUACACUACUGUGCACAUGCUACAUGUAUGCAGGAACCAUCUGUUAGCAUGUAUGCAUUAGUAUACUACUGUUAGCAUGCAUACAGGAGCCCUCUGUUAGCAUACCAUAGUGCACUACCGUUAGCAUGUAUACUGCUAAUAGCUAUACAAUAUUUAACCGUUAAGGCUGUAAACGGUAGUGUACUACUGUUAGCGUGUAUGCAGUAGCCUUCCGUUAGCAUAUGUACAGUGGCAAGCUAUUGUUAGCUGUGCUGUACGCCACUGUUAGCGCGUAAACAGUAUUACUGUUAGAGUUUAUCUUCAAUUGUUCGCUGUUGGGGUCGGGAUUUGUCAGUUUACCUAGCGUGUGUACGCUACUGCUGUUAACAGUUAGCGUGGAUUAGCAUGUACAGAGUGAGCGUUUGUUUAUCUGUAAACGUUAUUUACGUCAUUUUCUUUUUAUAACAAGUUAAUUUAUUGUUAUUAUCUUUUAGUUUUGUCAUCAUUUUUGUAGGUUUUUGGUUUUUUUGUAUUUUUCAAGUUGGGUUUUAAUAUUUUUCAAAGUAAAAGUUUCUGAUGUGAAUAAACAUUAGCAAUAUUAAAAUACGGAGGAGAAAACAAUAACAGUGUUAAAUGUUUGUACGAGAUGCUUGAAAUAUUUCACAUAUUUAAGACUUUUUCUUUUUUCUUCUUGACGCUGAUCGACACAACAAAAUUAACGAUUUUUACAGAAAAACCAAACAAAAAAUGUGUAAUAUUUAGAAUAAUUAAAGAGGGAAAAAAUAUUUUCUGUUGAUCAUCGUUGUGAAGCGCUCUUUUGUUGAAGGACGUGAUGUCACUGAGGGGGCGGGGUCACAGUGUUGGGUGAAUGUAUUGAGUUCCUGUGAAACUGAUCAGCUGAUCGCCAUUAAUGUGAAGUGACUGUAAAUAUUUGUCAACACUGAUUCAAGAAGCAAAUAUUUAGAGAACAACUUUAAUGAAUAAUAACUUUGAGGUGUUAUCGUAUUUAUCACAUUUGUCUCUUUCAGAAUAAAACAGACGCUUGUUUGUUUUAUGGAUCCUGAUGCUGAUUGUUUUUUUUUCUUGAUUAUGUAAAUGAACGUAUAUGCUUUGUUUACAUACCAAAGUUAUUCGCAAUAUGAAACUGCACUGCAUGAUGGGAAUUUUCCUCCACAUGACUUCCAUGCAUAUUUCUUUUCCUUCCACCUGCGACGUGAUGAGCAGAGAGUUUAUCCUGUAACUGUUUACUACACGUAUACAAACCACACUAUGAAUAAACAGUAAAGUUAUUUAUUAGCA